GACGGAGAAGCAAUUUCAUACAAAUUACAAGGACUUGAAAAGAGAACGACAUUUACAGUGAAAUUGCAAACACCAUCUAAUAAUUACAUUGAUUUGGAUUUUAAGACCCCCUAUUACCUAGUACAGUAAAACGGGUUGUCUUCGGCUUCAGUUAAAAGAAACCUGUUCUGUUUUCCUUCGUAUCUUCUGCCAAUCGUUGUCUCUCGUUUCGCAUGAUCGAUUGAUAUUUUGUUGCGAGAAAGGGAAACAACAGCAAGUUCAGUUGCAGGAGAUACAGGAAGGCAUUCAAUCCUUUCAGAGUUACCAUGAGUUUGAAGUCAGGGGAAGAGCCAACUAAUGCUUCCUCAGACUCGAGCUUAAGUGCCCCAGAGCAGAAACCAAAGAUUGAGCCCAUUCGGUUGCCUACGCCUGAAGAAAUACGGGGCCAAGACAUUUGGAACAAUUGUGCUGUCCGCAGUGUUGUUAGCGGAGUUAUGGGAGGGGGGCUUGGAUUGGCCAUGGGUCUGUUUCUUGGUGCUCUUGAUAAUCCUAUAAUGCAAGAAGAAAUGACCACACGUCAGCAAUUAAUCUACCAGGCAAAGCAGAUGGGAAGAAGGAGCUGGAGUUCAUGCAAAGGCUUUGCUCUCAUGGGUUUAGUCUUUUCAGCUGCAGAAUGUAUUAUUGAGAAAGCACGUGCGAAGCAUGAUAUGACUAAUACCGUGGUUGCAGGCUGUGUGACCGGUGGAGUAAUAUCUGCCCGAGGUGGUCCGCAAGCAGCAUGUGUUGGAUGUGCUGGUUUUGCUGCAUUUUCAGUCGUGAUAGAGAAGUUUUUGGAUAGACACGAUUGAUGGGAGUAAUCUAGUGAUCCAAUUUUUGCUUAGUUAGCUGUACAAGCUACCACUACUGAAAUUACCAAUUUUUUCUAGAUUUGAUCUUGUUCUGUAAUCCACGAUAUGGAUGCUCUAGACGAACGUUUUGCUGGGAAGCAAAACUGAGGCAAUACGACGAUGGUGACUGUAGGUUCCCCUUGUUUGUGUAACAUAGCAAUAUUGGGAGGGAGUAGGGAUUAUGUAUGUCUUGGCCACAUACGUAGAUCAAUUGUAUUCAACAAGAACUCUGAAUAGGGUGAUGGAAUUCAUUGUGGUAUUGAGAUUCCAAUGUCAUUGAACAACUGAAAUUUGGGGCUGUUGUUACAAAUCAAAGAAUUACUUUUUAUUGCUGUAUGCUCUUGUGAGGCUGAUGAAGAGUUCUAAUACCACUGACGUAGUUAAAAAGGGCUCACUCAGAAUAGUUAAAAGAGGAUCGAGCAUGAUGAGAAAUUCGAUCGAACAAAAGCCAAACACUACAUCACAAA